AUGACCACCAGCAUUGGCAACAGCGCCAGCCGUAGCCACAACAGCCUGAGCCUCAGCCACAACAGCAUCGGCCACACCAGCCUCGGGCACACCAGCCUUGGCCACAACAACAACGACAACAACAGCAACAACAACAACAACAACAACAACAACAACAACAACAACAACAACAACAACAACAACAACAACAACAACAACAACAACAACAACAACAACAACAACAACAACAACAACAACAACAACAACAACAACAACAACAACAAGAGCGAUGACACCAGUGUUGGUACGUAA